AGCAGACUUACUGACAGAGUCACUGCUACUGCUGCACAAUGUUGCAUAGAAUUAUCUUCAUGAUAUGUGUUGUGUGUCUUGUACACCACUAUCAAUUUUUCAUUUCUGGAGGGGUGGUCACUGUCAAGCCAAUACUUGCAAAUGGAACAUAUUUAAACCCAGAGCUUGGUAAGUAUCACGCCAGGUUGAGAUCUCUCAGUCGGAGCUGCCGGGACAUCAAGGAGAAAUUCGGAGGUACAACAGAUGGCAUCUAUUACCUAACAACAGCAAAUGGUGUGAUGUACCAAGCAUUCUGUGAUAUGACCACAGCUGGAGGUGGCUGGACACUGGUAGCCAGUGUGCAUGAGAACAAUAUCAAUGGAAAAUGCACUUUAGGUGAUCGCUGGUCAAGCGAGCAGGGUUUUGAUCCCAAACGGCCUGAUGGUGAAGGAACCUGGGCGAACAGUGCCACGUUUGGCACUGCAGAGGGGGCUACCAGUGAUGACUACAAGAAUCCCGGGUACUACGACAUUACUGGGGAGGAUGUGUCAGUAUGGCACGUUCCUAAUGAUGCUCAGCUCCAAAACUGGGCAAGCACUGCAACCCUGCGCUACCACACUGAAACCAAGUUCCUCAAGCAAAAUGGUGGAAGCCUGUACCAUUUAUUUAAGAAAUAUCCAGUGAGGUUUGGAGCAGGAGAGUGUAAAAAUGAUAGCGGACCUUCUAUCCCAGUGGUAUAUGAUACAGGUGACAAGGAUUCAACAACAAAACUUUAUGGAAUAACUGUAAAAGAUCAGUUUGAGCCUGGCUUCGUCACCUUCAGAGUGUUUAAUAAGAAGAAGGCAGUGGUGGCUCUGUGCUCUGGAAUCAAACCAACUGGAUGCAAUACAGAACAUUACUGCAUUGGUGGAAUAGGACAACCUGAUCAGUGUGGAGACUUCGUUGGGCUUCCUGAAGACAGCUCAUCCAAGGAAAUAACAGAGGCAGCAGUUCUGAUCUUCUAUCGCUGAGAGCCUUUGUUGAAUUUUAUAGUACUUUUCAAAAUUCAUUUGGUCAGACUGACAGUGGUAGCAACUAAAUAAAAACUGAUUUAAACUAGCA